AACAACACCCAGCCACAGCCAGCACGCGUCAGCAUCAUCAACGCCUGGGUGGUCCUUCGGACAUAAUUGAAACACCCACUCUUUUAUAGUGCGGCGUGUUUGUCUCACUCGAUUUUCGGUUCAUACCAAGCGUAACUGGCGCCCGGGCCUGUAGGACUCUGGACGAUCGACAUGCCAGAAAUUAAUUUGCGCUUCGCCAUAAUCCCAUUAUAUUUGGUUGGGAAAUUAUUUUGCCUCAACGCAUUUACAUACAGUCCUGGUUGGGUUUAUCAAAGCGACAGCAAGGAUGACAACCAUUCGAAUGACGAUUAUGACAACGAUGACCGAGAAUCUCGCCCGCACCGUGGCCUGCACCGGGAGAAUAACGGCCCUGGAGGCAAUUCGAUUGCUUUUGGAAAUGCAAACCGCGUCCAUCGUUAUAACAACAUCUGUGCGAACAACCAUUACCGAAGCGGGAUUACUAUGGCAAAUGGCGGCAACAGAAACAACAUCACCGCUCAAAACAACACCCUCGAGAGCAGCAUAAUGGGAGCCACUUUACGUAACGAUUCGAAUCGACAAAAAUUUGCAUCCCGGAGGAGCUUGGAAGUUUCAAUUAUCGGAAUUGUGCACGCCCUGGCGUUCUGUUCCGCCUAUGCCGUGUAUCACGUUUCCACGACGCUGGAGCUGUCCUCGAAAAUGCAAUGGGAGGAUUUGGUCCGGCUGGUAAUUGAGCUGACCAAUCAGUACGCUGGAUGUUGCCUCGUGGUUGCAUUAGUCAGUACAGCGCUUUUCAAUCAGCACUCGCUAAUGAAGCUCAUUAACACGCUGUUUGAGAUUGAUGAUCUUUUGAUGAGCCGAUUAAACAUUGCGGCCCGGAGUGGACUUUGGCUGGCGCACAUGACAGUGUUGCUCAUCGCUUCAGUCACAAUAAAGUGUUCCAUCAAUAUACUCUUCUACUCGACGAGCAGCCGCAUGGAGAACGUCAAACUGACGAAUGAUUUCAUUUUGACACGUCUCAUACCCCAGCUGGUGAGCCUCAUCAGUAAACAGCAGUACAUUUCCUAUGUGCAGCUGAUCAAAGAUCGCUAUAAAGCACUGAAACAAGCACUAUCCGGAGUCGGAACAUUGGCAAACGACAACGAACAACCGAAAUGGAAAGCAAAUUGGCAAAAUGUGGAUCGAUUGCUGGGGAUCCACCAUCCGAAGGGACCCACUGCUCAGGCAUGCAGCGCAAAGGAAGCAGACACUGCACGACACCCACUGAAGGAUGUCACCAAUCAAAGCAGGGCGAACAAAUUGGAAAACCAUCAUCCGAAGCCACGCCAAACGAGGACCAAUCAGCUGAGACACAUUUAUGAAAUCUAUCUCAAACUCCGGCAGACGAUCCGACUGACAAACCGGUCGUUUGGGGUACGAAAUUUAAUCUUUAUUCUGUACCACUUCGUCACAGUGGUGGAGAUGAGCUACGUGGCCUGCAUGAUAUGGGUGAGGAAAAUCGAUGGAUGUAAGGACGUGAACUGCGAUAAAGAUUUACUGUUGACCGUGCUCUAUGCUGGAAGUUUUAUGCUGGAACUUUUUGUUUUAUGCUUUCAUAGCCAUGUCACCACAGACGAGGUCCGCAGCACCAGGCAGCUGAUGAUCACCGUCCUUUCUAACGAAACCGAUGAAGCAGGAAACAGCAUAACAGUGAAUCCGUCGAUUCGAUUUAAUUUGCUGGACCAACGCUUCAAUUGCCUGGGCCUGUUCGAUGUCGAUUUAUCUCUGUUUUACGGGAUGAUUGCAGCCAUGAGUACCUAUCUGAUAAUAUUAAUCCAAUUUGGACAUCUCGGUGUGCUCCACUAAAUUGGAUUAUCGGAUGAUUGCGUGGCAGGGUGAUGUUUUCCGGCGUUACAAUUAAAAUACAGCAAUCAAUUUUCGGACAGCGUAUCCACCGGAAGACCAAGGUUAAUUGAAUAAAUAUUAAUUUUAUACAAUGAU